AUGGUGGACCAGGUCCGUUCAAUGGAGUCCCGUGUAGGACGGAAAAACCAACGAUACGGCUCGAAAGGCGAACGGCUAGUAGCCGGUGUCGUCCCCCUAUCAAAGGACAAAAGCUUGGUGCUGAUGAUCCAGUCUGCUGGACGAGGUGGCUGGGUACUUCCGAAAGGCGGAUGGGAAACCGACGAAGGAAGUGCCCAGCAAGCGGCUUGUAGAGAAGCCUGGGAAGAAGCCGGUGUCGUGUGCACCGUCGUCAGGGAUCUGGGACUGAUCUCUGACAUGCGUCCAUCGACAUUGUUGACGACUAACGCACCAAGAGCUUCAUAUCAGUUCUUCGAGGUCACCGUGGAUCGGGAGGAGGACCGGUGGCCCGAAAUGCACAAGCGGAGACGGCAGUGGGUGAAUUACUCACAGGCUGCAACCGCUUUAGCAAGCCGUCCAGAACUUCUAGAGGCGCUGAAUCGGAGCUCUGUGAAGCGAUAG